AUGAAGACAUACCGGGCGGCUUCAAAGACUUUCUACGACCCAAGCGCACCUGAAGGCGGCGGCGGGGGCACAAUUGCCGGGCUGUCGUUGGCCGCCGCCGCCGCCGCGACCGGCGUCAUGGAUACUAGAGAGCCUUCGUCCGCUGCUGCUGCUGCGGGCGUACCAGCACCGGCGACGGUCCCGACGGUCGCGACGGCGGGAGCCGCGGACGCCGCCAGGGUGCGACGGUUAGCCAGCGGAAGCGGAGGAGGCGGGGCCGCCGCCGGUGGCAGUGGGGACGGGGGAUCGUCGGCCGCGUUCUCCAGCGGCGGCAGCGGCGGCGGCGGCGGCGGCGGCGGUAGUGCCGACGUAUUCGGCAAUGUUUCCGGCCCGGAGAACCCGUUCGCAGGCGCGGGAACCGAAUAUCACCACCACCUGAAGCAGCAACUCUCCGCGGAAGGGGCGGUGGGCGGCGGCGUCGCCGGCAUUAGCGGUAGUGCCGCUGGGGUGGCAUCAGCAGCGGCGUCGCGAGGAGGAGCGGGGGUGGGCUCCAACGCGCAGCCAUCCUACGGCGGCAGCGGUGGCGUGAGCGGGGGGUAUGGAAACCCUUUCGCUGGCGGUGAUGGCGGCGGGGCUCAGGGGGCGGCGGGCGGGGGCUUCUCGCAGCAGCAGCAGCAGCAGCAGCAGCAGCAGCAGCAGAACAUGCCGUUUCGGGCCGGAGUUGCGGGGACGGCGAGGGUUGCGGCCACGACGACAGCUGCCGCCGCCGCCGCCCCAGCGCUUGGCGGCAACGGCGGCGGCGGCGGCGGGGGCGGCGGUGUAGAUGGAGGGGUGGCCGGCGGUAGCGGUGGGGGGGAGUUCGCGGGGUAUCCUCUGGGCCCCCGGAAACCGUCUUCGGUGUAUUCGGAGCAAGGGAACGCUAGGAGCGUCAUGGCGGCGACAUCGGCGGCGGCGGCGGCGGCGACGGGGUCGACAAAGCGGGAGUGGAAGUACCACCUCGAAGGGAGAAGCAAACGGUGGAAGAAGCAGAAGGACGGGCACGUGACAUGCAUGAGCUGGUUCCCGCACUCGGAAACGGUCGGCGGGGACGGCAUGGGGACGGGCGACGCCGACAUUCGCAUGCUCGCCGUCGGCUAUUCCAGCGGGAAGGUGGGGCUCGUGCGCUUCUCCGACGAACCUGGACACGGAGAGGUGGUCUGCGUAGUACCCGCCGAGAAGAAGAAUCGUCCCUGCAAGGCCGUAGCCUGGGACCCCGAGAAUCCGUCACGCCUAGCCGCUGCCUGGACCAAGGUGCGGCGGUGCUUGUAUAGGGGGGGCGGUGCACUCAUGACUCGGAGCGACAAGAGCCUGGCCAUCUGCGACAUCCACUACGUGAGGCAGUGGCGGCAGCGACGUGGAGCCUCGUCCGCCCAAGCGGCAGCGGCGGUAGCGGCUGCGACGGGGACCGCAGACUCGGCGGCAGCAUUCCUUAGCAGCAGCAACGGCAGCCUGGAAGACAGCCGCUCCUCUGUUGCGGCGGCGGGCACGGCGGCUGCUGCCGCCGGAGGAGCGGGGGGGAACGACGGCGGUCGGGCGGCGGCGGCGGCGGCGGCGGGGAGCGCGGCGAUCGCCGUCGGGACGAGCGGGGACUACGGUGGCGGCGGCGGCGGCAGUAGGAAGACGUCUGCCCCAUCGAGUCAGCGGGAAGGAGGAGCAAGCGGAUUUCUGGUGGGCAGCUUCGGUAGCGUAAGGAGCGGCGGAAGCGGCGGCGGAAGCGGUGGCGGCGGCGGCGUGAUGGCAGGAAUGCUCAGCAGUAUGACCGGGAUGGCAUUGGGCGGGAGUACCAGUGGCGCAAGGUUCGGAAGCGGCGGUGGAAGCGGCAACGGACAAAGAAUGGCAGAAGAGUUCAGCGACGAUGAAACAGACGGUGUCGCUGACGACGACGGCAACAACAUCAACGAUGUUGCCGCUGCUGCUGUCAGGUUUAGGGGGCGCAGGGCGCGUGCCGGUACCGCUCCUGCUGCUGACAGCUUCGGCGGUCGUACGGGAAACAGGGUAGACUUCCUCGAUGCCAGCGGCAGCAACGCGGCAGCGGUGGUCGCGGGCGGCGGGAGCGCGGCGGGUUCUGGUGAAAUCUGGCCGAUCCCGAAGGGGGACUGCGGCUGGGAUUCCGCCGUGGCUGCGGCGGAGAACACCCACGCGGACCUCGGGGGGUUGAACGAGGGGUACGUGUCGCUGGCCUGGCUGCCUGGGACCGACUCCGUGCUCCUGGCUGGUACCGGGUCCAAGUUCCUCAAGAGCAUCGACGUCCGGGGCAGGGGCGCCGACAGCAGCAACUCCGUUCUCCGCAUCAUGGAGGUCCACAAGGGGGGCGUUGUCGGUAUCGCGGUGCUGCCGGAGGACCCUAGGAUAGUCGCCACCUGGUCGGACAGUGCGGGGGAGCCGGUAAAGCUGUGGAAAUCACGCAGUCUGGUGGGUCGCAACGCCGGCGGCGGCAACGUCAAGGCACGCGACGCGAGCCAAAGCUCGAACCCCGUGGCCACCCUACGCCCUCCCGACAAGACGAGCUUCGUUGUGGACGUGGCGUGGUGUCCCAGCCGCAAUGACCUCAUCGCCACCGUGCACUCCAACGACCGCAAGAGGGUGUGCCUGUGGGAUCUGUUCGAGGGAAUCAAGAACAUGUGCAAGAUCCCUUCCCGCUACGAGCUGACGAAGCACCCUGUCUCCCGGGUAAGCUGGCAGCCCCCACGGGUUACCCCGCGCCCGAUCGCGCCGUGGGCCUUGUCCGGUGGCGGCAGCGGCGGCGCGACGGCAGCGGCAGUGACCGAGGCGAUCGCGCAGGUCCUGGCGGAGGACGAGCGCAUUGCCGUCACCUUUCCCCAGAGGAUGCUGACGGUCGGGGGGCCCUUCGUGGAGAACAUCGGCCCCUGGUUCCAGACGAGGGCGAUGGCGACGUCGGCGCACGGGGAUGUGGGUCACGCCAAGGGGUUACGCGAGGCCGAAGGCAACCCCGAGAGGUCGGGCCUGAUGACGCGGCUGGGUGAGGACGCCGCGAGCCUGAGCGGGCAGGAGCUUGGACAGCGAGAGCUUGCCGACGUGGCGAGGCGCAGGAUAGCACGCAGCGGCAAGCCUCCCCUCAUGACCGAGGUAAUGAAGUGGCGGGCGCAGGCGCAGUACAGGUCUGACGCCGUGUACAACAGGGAUACCAUCUUCGACGAGGAAGUCGCGAACCAGGUAGAUGGGGCGGUCGGCAGUGUGGGUAGACGCACGCAUACCCACUCCCUUCCGUCGGCGCGGAUUGUGUUUAUUGCUACACCUCUGUCCUCUACAGUACCACUCUCCAAGCAGACGCACGAAUACCGUAAAUGA